AUGUAUUAUCAACUCCUAGCUAUUCCUGAAAUUUUCUCGAAUGGAUAUUUAACCGGAUCUUUAGAUAUAAUAAACAUAACAGCUUUAUUAUGCGGUAUUUUAAUAAUAAUUAAUAAAAACCCUAUUGUAUCAGUAAUAUUUCUAAUAGGUUUAUUUGCAAAUAUAUCAGUAUAUUUAAUAUUAAUAGGUCUUACAUUUAUAGGUUUAUCUUAUUUAAUUGUUUAUAUUGGGGCAGUUUCAAUAUUAUUUCUAUUUAUAUUAAUGUUAAUAAAUAUAAGAACAAGCGAAUUACAAAGUAAUAAUAGAAAUAGUGUAUCUUUAGGUUUAUUUAUUACAAUUCUUGCAAAUUUUACUAUAUUCCAAGUACUUCCUUAUUAUAUGGCGAUAUUAAAUAAUUACAGUAGUAAAUUAAAUACUAUACUAUACUAUUUACCUUGAAAUAAGUUUAGUGAUAUAUUAAAAUAUAUUAAUAGAAACUUAGAUAUAACGAAUGCCAAUAUUAUGUUUGUAUCAAGUAAUAGUUGAGAUAAUAAUAUGGCUGAAACUGGACAUACUGCAACGAUAGGGCAUAUAUUAUACACAAGUCACAAUAUGUGAAUAUUUAUGGCAAGUUUUAUAUUACUAUUAGCUAUGGUGGGUGCAAUAAUAAUUACUAUAAAAGGUAAAGAUUAA